UAUUAUGCGUUUAUUGUUAUUCUGAUUCCACAAACUCGGCCACAUUCAAAAGUCAUGUAUGUUUGUGUGGACAGAAACACAAAUAUACACACGGACUCCUUUCAACAUACAGUUAAUUAAUUACAGUUGCAGGGGGAUUUAUUUUUAUUCCAGAUUGUGUUGUAAACUGGUUCUGAGAUUCAGUGGAGUGGACAUUUUACAUUAUCACAUGCCAAUGUGGACUCAGUGUUAACUGUAGGUUGAAAAGCAGGAACCAGAAAUCACUGUGAUAUUUGAUGAUUUUUAGCAAAAAUAUAAUCCAGACGGUGGCCCAUAGUUCAACAUUUCUACUGCUUGUCACACUGAAAUGGCCAAGCUAGAGUAACAUCAUGCCACACUAUGAUCUUCAUGCCUGAAUAGAAACGGUAUUUGGGGACACUGAUAAGCAGCAGCAGUUUUAUUGUUGGAAGACUAACUGUCCAAACGGACUCUUAUUCAUCCCGGUUGUCUAGCUCUUAGUCAGGCCAUUUUGUCAACGGUCUGUGGGGCGACAUGUGGGUGCCAACUUGAGCUCUGUCCAACCGCCUGUCACUCAUCAGAAAUAGCCAUGAUCACAUGUCCUGGUUCCACAAGUGGGUUAAAAAUAGGUCAGGGAGCUGCUAUUGCACUCUUUCUCAACACACUGAAAAGAGGAAUACCUCUCACGGCCCUUAACAAUGUUUUUAAAAAGUGCAUGUUGCACAUAUAAAUUCCACAAGGAAAAUAGUGAUACUACAAAUUCUAACUUAACUGGGGGAAAUGGGGGUCCUGCAGUGAAAAAAUAAAUACAUCUUAAUAUUUAUUGUCUAAUGUAUUUUUCAAUGCAUUUCUUUAAAGAGUCUUAUUUUGUUUUUGCAGUGUGAAUCAAUGAGUCACUUAAUUGACAAGGGGUUUAAUAUUGUUAAGAAUAAAAAAACACAUAUGAUAAUGAGGUGAAAGUAAUGUGAUGGUUUAAGUCAAAUUUCUUUUGCAUACUUGAUGUGUAGACCAGCUCAGUGCGUUGUGCAAUAAGAUGGUAACAUUUGAUUCAUUUUAUCCUCCUUUGCUUCACAGGUAAUAUAUUAAACAGAGCCUGUCAACUUGUCAUUGUGUUGCAAACAUGACGGAGGUGGCGCAGGUUUCGGCUGCAGUCGCCCACAACAUAGAUGGUGUCACGAAUAAAAAUAAACACAGCAUGGGUGACACAGAAAACAAGGAGGAUGUGGCAGUUAACAAGGGCAAGACUGCUGAGGAGAAAACCGAGAAGAAAUCAUACAGAGGGGACAAAAAACCUCGCCAAAUGAAUGAUGAAGCAACAAAUGAUACACGGCUGAAGCAUGUGGAGCACAAAAAAAGCAUCACAGCCAGUAAGAAAACUGACAGAUCAGAACCUGUUAAUGGUGUGGCACAGGACACAGAGAAGAAGGUGGUGCAACCACAUGCAAAUGAAGACCAGAAUAUGUCUGAUGUGGCACUUAAAAAAGAGAAACUCCUCCGGUCCAGAAAGCUAGUGGCCAGAAGCUAUGUGCCAAAGCUGAACAAAGACAAGGUGGACGUGACAAGCAAGUUUGAGACCAUGCAGAAGACCAGGGAGGAGCGCAGCAGGCAGAGGAACAAGGAGGAGCAGGAGAAGAGGAAAGAGCAAUACAUCAAGGAGAGAGAGUGGAAUCGCAGGAAGCAGCAGAUAAAAGAGCUACUCGCUUCCAGUGAUGAGGAGGAAGAGGUGAAGCCGGCAAAAGUAGAAAAAUCCUACGUCCCUAAAAUCACAGGUAGCGUGAAGGGAAAAUUUGCAGAAAUGGAGAAACAAAGACAAGAGGGAGAAAGAAAAAAGAUGGAAGAAGAGAGAAGGAAGAGAGAAGCCCAGGACAAUAUGGAAAAGGCCAAAAUAAAGAAGGAGUUGGCUCAGAAAGCAGCUGUGGUAAGUGAACCUGGGGUGAAUUCCUCAUACAGCAUGUCUUGAUGGUCCAGCGAAGGAGAUGAUACAAUCCUGAUUCAGGUGGUUCCAGCAAAGCCAUCACGACCUCCAGGCAAAAUCAAAGUCAACUUUGAAGACAUGGAGAAGAAUCGAGAGGAGGAGCUGAAGAAGAAGGCUGAGGAGGACGCCAAACGCCGCCUGGAGGAUGAGAAGAAAGCUUUUGAGGAGGCCCGGCUGGGAAUGGAGGACAAUCAGCCAUCUCAGGAAGACAAAGAGGAGUUACGGCCUGGAAAACUGAGGUUGACUUUUGAAGAGCUGGAAAGGCAAAGAGUUGAAGAGGAGCGCAAGAAAGCAGAAGAGGAGGCUAAGAAACGAAUGGAAGAGGAGAGGAGAGCUUUUGCUGAAGCCAGGAAGAGCAUGCUUGUAGAUGAGGACGAUGAGGUGCUGAUGGCCUUGUUGAACCUGGAGGGCAGUGAGCCUGGGAAGAUAUGUGCCAGUUUUGAGGAGCUGGAACGCCAGAGAAGAGAGGAGGAGCAGAAGAAGGCUGAGGAAGAAGCCAAGAGGAGACUGGAAGAGGAGAAGAGGCUCUUUGCUGAGGCUCGCAAGAGCAUGGUUUUAGAUGAGGAAGAAGGCAUGGUAAAGAGUGAGUCUCAGGAAGCACUGCACCCUGGAAAACUGGAGAUCAACUUUGAAGAGCGGCUGAAAGAGAAGGACGACGCUGAGAAGAGACGUAAGGCGGAGGAACGCAAAAAGAGACUGGAGCAGGAGAAGCAGGAAUAUGAACAACUCAGGCAGGAGAUGGGCGAGGACGAAAUAAAUGAAAGCUCAGAUGUUGUCAGCACAGAGUAUGAAGAGCUGACUAAGCUCAAGAGGACUGGCUCCAUCCAGGCCAAAAACCUCAAGUCCAAGUUUGAGAAAAUCAAGGAGCUGACUGAGGAGGAAAUUCAGAAAAAGAUUGAGAUGGAGAGAGCACGAAGGAAGGCCAUCGAUGAUGAAAUUAAAGAGAGAGAAGCUGAGAGGUUCCAGGAGGAGGAGGAAAGCAAAUCAACUCCAGUGAAGGGCGAGGAGUCACCAUUCAAACAGAAGGUGGAUAUGCGUGCCCGAUUUGAACAAAUGGCCAAAGCCAGAGAAGAAGAGGAGAGGAGAAGGAUAGAGGAGCAGAAGCUGCAAAGAAUGCAAUUUGAGCAGCAAGAGAUUGAUGCUGCCCUCCAGAAAGACAAUGAUGGUGAAGAGGAGGGUAGCAUCAUUAAUGGCUCUGCGGCCUAUGAAGACGAGGAGGAACAUGCUAGGUCGGGCGCUCCAUGGUUUAAAAAGCCCCUUAAGAAUCAAUCAGUGGUGGACUCGGAGCCCGUUCGAUUCACUGUUAAGAUCACUGGAGAGCCGAAGCCAGAGGUGACCUGGUGGUUUGAGGGAGAGAUGCUCCAAGACUGUGAGGAUUAUCAGUAUAUAGAGCGGGGAGAGACAUACUGCCUCUACCUGCCAGAGACCUUCCCAGAGGAUGAGGGAGAGUACAUGUGCAAGGCUGUGAACAGCAGAGGCACAGCAGCAAGUACCUGCAUCCUCACAAUAGAAAGUAAGACAACCUUAGUGUAAUUGCAUGCCUGCAUGAUUCCUCCAAUCUGGAAUUCAGCCUCUCUCAAUAAAGUGGAUUGCAUGCUCCUCUUCCUAGUGAACUCACGCUGAAUGGCAGAUGUGGAUAACUGCUCUUCUCUGUCUUUCUUGCAGCUUAUGACUACUGAUGCCCUUCCAUGUUCUGGAAGCUUUCCUGUUGUUGCUCACUCCUUUUGUAAAAAACUUCAUCCCUCAUGGUAUGGUAUGGUCAAACAGCAGGGGGAAGAAAAUAAUAGAAUGCUUGUCAUUCCUAACGGAGGGAUACACAAUGUAAAAAAAAAAAAGCAAGAUGUUUACGUAUUGCUCAUUUGUAGAGCUGCACUCCCUGUUAGAGAAGGAUGAUACUGGUGCCAAAAGUAGACAAGAUUCUUGUUCCCAUGCCAAGGGUUGCACAAAACUUCACUGUGAGGCCCUAACUUGUGAUAACAGCAAAUUUUAUGUAGCACUGUAUUGUAUUGUAAAUAUCACCAGUUAUUUUCCAUACCUGGCAGAUGUGAUGCUUGAA